UGCGAGUGGUCAUCGUUAGAUGCAAAUGACGGUAAAAAAUCAAAGCCCAUUUAUUGAGCUAACAUGACGUACACACUCACCCAUCAAAACUCAAAAAUGUUUUGUUUUUCUUCAGAUUUUUCUCUUCAAAAAAGAUAAUUUUUUGCCUAAAACAACCAAUGUCGCAUUGUCCAAGCUUAGAAAGUAAGUUAGCAAUGUCUCCUUGUAGUAAAGGAAGCGAUAUACCGAAGAACGGCCAAGAUGAAGGGAUGGAAAACAGUCAAAAUUUUGAGCAAGUUGAAAAUGGUUUUGACGUUGUGUUGUCCAGUGACAGUGGCAGUGAUGAAGAAAUAGACAGUCUAGCUGCUCAGGGAUAUAUAUCACUUGCUCAAAAUGAAGAUGAUGUUGUAAACAAUGACAUUGAACAGGUAAUUUAUAUAGAUUGUUUUUUAGCUAUUGAAUAUUAAUAGUUAUUUAUAAAUAGCCAUAUUUACUGAAUUUAGAAGUUGUAUAACUUGUAUUAUAAAAUCUGCAGUAAAGGUAUUAUAUGGAGGUGAGCCAGCAUGGGUACCCGAGGUAGCUCAGUUUGUUGAGCUGUUUUCAUCCUGUGUUUACAUGAGACUUUUGAGGUGGGCUGGCUUGCCAAAACAACCCACACGGCUCACCGCUAUAAAUAGUAUACCGCUAAUAAAUAUAAAUAUAUUUUCUCACAAACCUGAAAUUUGCACUUUUGUGAGCAACUUUCACACCACGGUUCUGUAUAACCCAUAGAAUCAUUCACAGGGACCUUUUAAGAUCGAAAUCUGUUGAGAAAAUCUUAUUUACAACAAUAUAAUAUAUUUGCAUGAGCAGAGCAAUAAUGCUCAGCCGGCUUUAAUAGGCACAUGCGGAGUAACAUACAGAGGCUUAUCUCGGUGAAAAAACCGUAAGGUGUUUUUUUGGCCGCCAUGUUCUUAGCCAGUACCUGCACAUGCAUAGUCUAGGUAAAAAUUAAGACGGCCUCUCUCUAUGGACUGGCUAAGAACAUGGCACAUUUUUUCCAAAAAAUCCCUUACGCUAAAUUAACCUGAAGUGACACCUCUGUAUGAACUUACUCUGUGACUUGCCAACCUGGGUCAUUGCAUUCCUAGCCUGGUCACCUGAGAUUUUGGGUCAGUUGAGGCGGGAUCUUGUUAAGGCAGGCGAACAGAUUGCAGAUGAACUAUCUUUUUUUUGCUUGAGUUUGUCCAGCUGAUAAAAGGAAGACAUUCUAUAUUUUGAUGUAAUGUAUUUCUUCGAAGGCUGAACAAGAAGCAAGUACAGAGUCUACAGACGAUAGUGAUGAAAAGCCAACAGUAAAUCCUCAGGAUUGUGAAGAACACGAAACUGUCGCUGAAGUGUCAACUUCCUCGGCUUUUUCAUCAACUCAAAAUUCCCAGAUGGGGGAAGGUAAGCCUCUACCUAUUAAAGCCAUCUUUGUUAUUGUACUUUGUCCAAUGCCAGACAAUUUUAUGCAUGAACGGGACAGUUUGGGGCAUUAAUAAUAGGUUAAAAAUUCUCUGUGAUUUUCCCUUUUUCAUGAUACAAAAUUAGUGUUGUCUUUUUCAGAUGAAAUAAAUUUAAUCAAAUCUGUAAUGAGGAACAUUCAAUUGCCGAGCUCCGCAAUUCCUGAGUGGGCAAAGAAAAUUCCUGAAGAUAAGUGGAAGCAGCCACUUGUAUCGGCACUUGAACAGAGAACAGAUAGAAAUAACGCAAAUGUAGACACAAAAUCUAAUACUCAAUCACCAAGUAAAACAAUGUAACUAUUUUGUAAUAUAACUGCCCCCAUUUCGCCUGCUACCCUUGUAGUUUUGUCCCAUCAAAGAUAUUAUAGUAAAGUAAUAUAAAUUCAGGCAGUCCUAAGACACUACCUGAAUAUAGAUCUUAUUAUUAUUGACUACAAACUGUGGUUAAGCUAUCACAGAAGCAAAUUUCAUAGAGAGGUUGAUAGAUGAAUGUUGCAUUGUCUUUUCAUUGUUUGAAAGAAUCCCACAGUUUUCCAAGCCAUCCAGUCAUGAUCUGGGUGAUCAGAAUAUUCUAUUGUCUUUUCAUUGUUUGAAAAUCUCACUGUUCUCCAUGCCAUCCAGUCAUGAUCCAGUGAUCAGAAUGUUCCAUUGUCUUUUCAUUGUCUGAAAAUUCCUGUUCUCCAUGUCAUCCAGUCAUGAUCCAGUGAUCAGAAUGUUCCAUUGUCUUUUCAUUGUUUGAAAAUUCCUGUUCUCCAUGUCAUCCAGUCAUGAUCCAGUGAUCAGAAUGUUCCAUUGUCUUUUCAUUGUUUUGAAAAUCUCACUGUUCUCCAUACCAUCCAGUCAUGAUCCAGUGAUCAGAAUGUUGUCUUUUCAUUGUUUUGAAAAUCUCACUGUUCUCCAUACCAUCCAGUCAUGAUCCAGUGAUCAGAAUGUUGUCUUUUCAUUGUUUUGAAAAUCUCACUGUUCUCCAUGCCAUCCAGUCAUGAUCCAGUGAUCAAAAUGUUGUCUUUUCAUUGUUUUGAAAAUCUCACUGUUCUCCAUGCCAUCCAGUCAUGAUCCAGUGAUCAGAAUGUUCCAUUGUCUUUUCAUUGUUCUGAAAAUCCCACUGUUCUCCAUACCAUCCAGUCAUGAUCCAGUAAUCAGAAUGUUCCACUGUUUUGAAAAUUCCACUGUUCUCCAUGCCAUCCAGUCAUGAUCCAGUGAUCAGAAUGUUGUCUUUUCAUUGUUUUGAAACUCUCACUGUUCUCCAUGCCAUCCAG